AUGUAUCUAUUCCACGGUAUGAUAUUUUGGUCCCUCGGUGCUUGGGUCUGCAUUACGCUCAACAACAUCUUGCCGUAUUGGGCAGUACUGAUUGUGACGGCUGUGGUAUGUUAUUCGGUGUUAUUUUUAUUUUUGCCAUUAUUAUCAUUAAUCGCAGGGUUAUGCGGGAAAGGGUUAGCGGGUGAUAUCAAGAGAGAUUCAAUGGAAGAGCCAUUGCCGGGAAGGCCAACGUUAACGCCAUUUGGGAGAGAUUGGUUGGACAGGAAUGGGAUGGUUGAUGGAAUUCCUGUUGUGGGUAGUACAACACCGAUUGAGGAGAGUAAGGUUGGAAAUAUGGGGAAAGGGAAAGAGGAGGUAAACGGCGUAGAGAUUCGGGUUAUCGAUUGUGAGGAGGGACUUGUGCAAGAAACUACUAUUAGUUCCACCAAUAAGAAUUCGAAGGGCAAGUUCGCUGAGGGUGAGGUUUAUGUCAAAGGAAACCAGAUAAUUAAGGCAUGA